GUAAUCCACAGUAAUCCACAAGCACUGCCACCACUGCCACAAGCCAUUUGGAAUAUGUUUGGUGGAAUGGAUGUGUGCCACUAGAUGAGAUAGAGAAACCGCUUUAGUAUGGUGAACUCAUCACCCGCAUAACUCCAAGGAGCGUGCGAACAUGUUUCCCAAUGUCGGCGAAGCGCAGCAGAAGGAUGCCGGUCGUCCGGACGAUGCACCAUGGUGGCUCAGAUAUUUGGGGAGGAUCGUAGGGACUGUCAGUUCACUGUUUGCAAUUGGUCUGGGUGCACAACUAGUGGUUGUCUCCAUAGUCACAUUCUCUUCCACGUGUAUCUUCUCGGCUAUAUUACAAAUGCUUGCUGGUACGAUGGUUGCACUGAUUGAAGCACCCUGUUUCUGCACUUUCCUCGAGUUUGCACAGGCUCCGGGCAAUUUUUUCGACCGAAAACCGCACUGGUACAAAGCCCUUCUGUAUGGAGUGACUGGUGUGUUACCUGUCGCACUGUGCGCUGGACUGACAACUUUCUUCGGUGGUGGCUUGAUCUUCCUAACCGGCCUUAUUUAUGGUAUUAUGGCUAUGGGACGCAAGGCCAGCGCCGACGAAAUGCGGGCACGUGCUACAAGUACCGCCAACCUAGUUUCAUCAGGAGGGGGCGAAGAGGCGGCAGCGGGCGACACAAAGAUGCCCUCCAACUGAGCCCCCUUGCUCUGUCACAUUCCGAAUGGCAAAAGAAGCUGUUUCUCUCUGCAUCUGCCUCCUUAUUUCACAUUCUGUCGGAUGUUUUACAAGUCAAACGGUGGCAGCGUAACAUUCUGUGCUGGCUUUUUGGCACUUCCUUAAAAUUAUACUUUUUACAUUUCAUCCACGCAUGGUUUGUUAUCGUGGAAGCCCGGUCGGAUACCUGAGCGCCCCCCUUUUUGAGUGUUUCCACAACAUAUUUUUACUACUAUACUAUUUUAUUUUACUGGUACACAUUGGAGUCCUAGACGUGUCUUCCUGCACUCUGCCACUUGUAGAACAAAUCCAAAAAAAGAGAACUUGAUUGUUCAACAGGGGCUCGUUAUCCUUACAUUUUGCAUAUGCCUAACUCGUGUGGUUCAGUCAAGUCCCGGGUUGUAUAGUGUAGUUUGUACAAGAAUGAAUGCCUCUAAAAAAAUAUCACUAGUGUUUGGAAGGUAUACCACAGACAUCACAGUUGGUGCAGAAAGCAAGCACAAGGGUCAUACCAAAGCAUGCUGGCUAGCUGUUGUACAACAUGCAUUAUUGUGAUGACCGCUGUUAGUGCUCUAGCAAGACUAUCAUGAUACGUACAUACAAACGAAGGACGAUGACUACUUAAAUUUAAGAGCUAACCAGUAUUUAAUUUUCUCGAAACCAGACAUCACAUUUUGCUUGUUAGGUGCUUUGUACUAUCACACCUCCCAACAGUCGUGUACUGCAGCUAUUCCCCUUUGUGUUUGUUAUGUAAUGCAUGUGGUGUGUAAAUUGAUGAAAAGAGCUGCCUUCCUAAUAUAGUUUUGUCUUUGCAAGGUCAUUUUUGACCAGACCAAUUGAAUCUGCCUGUCUGUGCACAUACGUUCUAGUAAUCAAUGUAAUGUAGUAUAGUGUGUGUAAUUUGGUGCACAGGCUGGUGUGAAAUACACCGCCCCAUUGACCUUGAAGGGUGCAUACUAUCAGCAACCAUAAGCCAGCAUGGUUAGAUUCAGAAGGAAACUACUCAGUUCAGGCCGUGUGUAAGCCUCGUGCGGAGCUGCACGAGCCACACACUGCAUUCCGUGUCCUUCGAGAAAUUAUGUCAGUACAAUAUUUCCCUCAUGUAUCUUGUAUUUAAGAGUGUCAGUAAGUGUGUUGCAAGGGAUGUGUGUGUGAAUAAAUUGUUUGUGAUCGAGCAUCACCACA